UUGGGAAUCUAGUGCACUACGUAGGGUAUUUCCUGCCCUUAGUAGUGUACUUUAGCAGGGAAUAAACCCAGCUGAGAGGAAGUGAAAGCUGAAGGGCUUUAAGUGGCUCCUUAUGUGAAACAGUUACUAAACGCGAGUGCACUUUUUCUUUUUUAGUUUAAGAAAGCGUUUUUAAUUUGGCAGCAAACAUGGCGGCGAGUAUUAAAUUACAUCUCGAUACAUUGUCGCAUUUCACUUUUAUUUGGGUGGUUUUACUACUGAGUAGCCUGGCCGUGAUGGCCAAAACAUACCACAGACCUAACAUCGUGUUGAUUCUCACCGAUGAUCUGGACAUCUCCAACGGCGGGAUGAUUCCGUUAAACAAAACAAGGAAGCUGAUUGGAGAUGCUGGAAUAACCUUUACAAACACGUUUGUUGCCAGUCCCCUGUGCUGUCCCAGCAGAGCCAGCAUACUGACAGGCAAAUACCCACACAACCACCGCGUGAUCAACAAUACAUUGGAGGGCAACUGCAGCAGUCUUGCCUGGCAGAAGAGCCAGGAGCCUUCUACUUUUCCAGUCCUACUCCAGAAAUAUGGCUUCUAUCAGACAUUUUUUGCUGGGAAGUACAUGAAUGAGUACGGUAAUAAGCAGGCUGGAGGAGUGGAGCAUGUUCCCCCAGGCUGGGAUUACUGGUUUGCAUUGGACAGAAACUCAAAGUAUUACAACUACACAUUGUCAGUCAAUGGAGUAGCACAGAAGCAUGGAGAGAAUUAUUCUCAGGACUAUCUUACUGACGUUCUGGCCAACAUAUCACUAGACUUUCUCCAGUACAAGUCUAACUACAGGCCAUUUUUCAUGAUGGUGUCUACGCCAGCACCUCACUCUCCCUGGACAGCUGCUCCUCAAUAUGAGGGGACGUUUUCCGGUGUGAAAGCCCCGAGAGAUCCCAGUUUUAACGUUCAUGGCAAGGAUAAACACUGGCUAAUUCGACAGGCAAAGACACCAAUGGCGAACUCUUCUGUGGAAUUCCUCGACAAUGCUUACAGAAAACGGUGGCGUACUCUGUUGUCUGUAGACGACCUGGUGGAGAAGAUGAUAAAGAAACUGGAAGUCCGAGGAGAGCUGGAGAACACGUAUAUCCUUUUCACCUCUGACAAUGGCUACCACACCGGACAGUUCUCUCUCCCCCUGGACAAGCGUCAGCUUUAUGAGUUUGACAUUAGAGUUCCUCUGCUUGUAAGGGGACCAAACAUCAAGCCUAAUCAGACCAGCCCAUUACUUGUAGCAAAUAUAGAUUUGGGCCCAACUAUCCUGGACAUGGCAGGGUAUGAUGUCAAUAAGACCCAGAUGGAUGGGAUGUCCUUUCUGCCUGUUAUGAUUGGGAAGGAGAACAGCACAACAUGGAGGACUGACUUUCUGGUGGAGUAUGAGGGAGAAGGACACAAUGUCUCAGAUCCAACUUGUCCCAGUCUGGGUCCAGGUGUCUCGGAGUGUUUUCCUGACUGUGUGUGUGAAGAUGCAUAUAACAAUACAUAUGCCUGCAUUCGCACAGUCUCUCAGACUACCAACCUGCAGUACUGUGAGUUUGAUGAUAACGAGGUGUUUGUGGAAGUGUAUAACCUAACAGCAGACCCCUUCCAGCUGACAAAUAUUGCCAAAAGCAUCGAUCAGGAGGUUCUGGAGAAAAUGAAUCAUCGAUUGAUGAUGCUGCAGUCGUGUUCAGGACAGUCCUGCAGGACACCUGGGGUCUAUGAUCCACGGUUUAAAUUUGACCCUCGGACGAUGUUCAACAGUCUCAGGCCUCACGGAAGCCAGCUGCGGCCGACAUUAAAGUAAAGAAGGAAAGCAAGAAUUCGAAAUCCCUGCCUUGCUGUUGCCUUUUGUCCUGAUCUUCCCUUUGAGAUCGUCGCUGUCUCAUCCACACUUGGUUUAAGGUUCGAGGGGUUAUAGGAACAGGACACUUCUCUGCUGCAGUCAUCCAUUUGUGUUUUUCCGUAGUUUCCGACGGCCGAGAUUUCAACAUAGGAUGACAUUUCGUAUUGAUUAUUGAUCAGAUGGCAUUUCUUCCUGCCUUUUGUUGAAUUAUUUUUGCGUCUUUUAGAUUUAACAAUUUAAGCAGGUUAGGAUAGAGUAGAGUAGCAGAGAUUCCGGUUUUAAAACCAAAUAUCUUAAAAAAUAAAAAUAAAAAAGAGAGAAUCAUCUUCUUGUACCAUCGAAGCACUAGAGCUUAUAUUUCAAACUUUAGGCCUUAAAUUUUUCCACAGUAACAUUUAACAUGUUGGAAGAUCUUGUUAGGACAUUUUAGUGCUGUGGUCAGUCAAUGCCAAAGUUUAAAUAACUGAGUUAAUUUUGUUUCAGUAAGCACAGUGCCUAAAUCUGACCAGCAACGAGUUCUUUCUCUUCAUUACAUUAAAAUUGACAUCUACUGAUCAUUGGGGAGGCAGGGACCCUUAUACCAAUACACGAGAGUCACAGAUGCACAUGUGAAGGCUGUACAAAUCAGUUUUAAUUCCGUUGUGAAUGAGCCAAAGGGAUCACAGUACUCUAGCUAGGUCAUUAAUAACUAUUUAAUCUGAAUUGUUGUGGGGUUUUUUUGUGCAAGAAAUAUUUUACCACACAAGUAUGUACGAGGGAUCUGAGACACUACAUGUUGCUCUGCUAAACACUGCAUUAAGCAACAGCAGCUUCACUAAUGAGGGAAUGUGUUCCACUUUUGUAUUGUUACGUGUCAGAUAAUUGAAUGUGUUCAUCCGUAAAAAUUAUGAGUUUAUAUGAAAUGGUUUAUGUUAAAUGCCUGCAUACAUAAAAUAACUGCUCGUCACUGGAGUCAAUAUUAUACCUAAUUUUACUGAGGCACUUUGUUGAUGAAAACGUUGUGUUUAACUGCACAUUUCUUUGAGUCAUUUUCCUGUAGUUAAAUUUUUUUUUUCCCCCAUAGUUUGCUCAAUAAAAAUUCAUGACCUUA